GAGAGAGAGAGAGAGAGAGAAAAUACGUACUACUUGUAAAAAAAUACGUGUAAUUAAAUGGAAAUGCUGUUGGGACGGUAGUAAGGAGAAGGGAGAAGGUAUUUGGAAACAAGUGUAGUAAAGAGUGGAGUGACUAGUCAACAAUGUGACCUUGAAUAGUCUCUCUCUCUCUCUCUCUCUCUCUCUCUCUCUCUCUCUCUCUCAUCAGUCUGUAACCUGUUGCUGGGCGAAGCUGGCACGGCGGCCACCUAAACUGUAUGAUUUCUUGCCAUUGUACGUAAUUCUUCCUCUCCAAAAUGAGUGCGAUUGUGAACGUUAGGCACACCAUGAUCAGGAGCUACGGCAGGCAAAAUAUGUUCCGCAGAAGGUUCACGAUAGGAGCCGCAGAUCAGCAGCGCCAAGGGGAUGGAAGUGAGACAAGACCGCCUGUGUACGAGCUGAGGACAUACACUGUCUAUCCUGAUAAGAUGCGAGAAUUUUUAGACCUCACUGCCAAAGAGUUCCAUCUCCGCACUGCGCAUUCUAAACUCUUCGGCUAUUGGACUUCAGAGAUCGGCGGCCUGAAUCAAGUAGUGCACAUCUGGGAAUACGGCAGUUUGAGCGAGCGAGCAGGUGUAAGGGCAAGACUGGCGGCUGAUUCUGAAUGGAUAAAACGCUACUUCUCUCAUAUUUUGACCAUGAUUCCGUGCCAGGACAAUGUUCUCUUGACGAUGAUUCCUGGACGCAAAAUAAGUCUUCCAUCAAAUAAUGGUGUUUACGAGCUUCAAACAAUGCAGCUGCAUGGGACACCAGCGGUGUGGUCCAAGGCAUUGCUAGCGUAUGUCCAGGCGUGUGAAGCAGUACGACAAGCAGAGGGGUCGAUGGUAGUGGGUGCUUGGAGCUCUGUGCUGGGGUCCAGGGGAAUGGCAGCGGUCCUGUGGCAACAUCCAACUCCUGAUGGCUGUCUUUCACUCGCUGAAGUUUCUGCCACUUUGCCCGAAGGCGAAACAUUGGCACCCUUGGUAGCCUCAGGUCAUAGCAAGCUGCUCCUGCCAAGUGUUGUCUCUCCCCUGCAGUGAGCCGACUUCACCAUGCCCUAAUUUUUUUUUAUCGAUAUAUAUAUAUAUAUAUAUAUAUAUAUA